AUCAGCUGUUACGCGGUUGUUGUGGGUGCGGAAAAAGAAGAACACCGAAAAGGCGGACAAGUAGCAAAAGUAACAACCGCAAUAAGAUUGCUCUUUGGCCGGCAUUCACACUCCGUUAAACCGCAAGGAUCAUUGGAACAUUGCCCCGCACAUCCAUCAGCCAUGUCCUCCUCCUCGACUUCCAGUCCCACGGACAACAGCUCGCACGGAUCGUUGGCGCCGUCAUCGUUUGGUGCCGCCCUAAAUCCAGCCUCCGGGACGAAUACGAGCACCCAAAGCAACGCCCAGAAGCCAUUUUCCCUCUCCGAGCGCCUGAACUUUGAGAUUUACCGUUACUCCAGCUACUCGCCCAACUAUCUGCCCGAAAACGUCCUCGUGGACUGCCCCAACGAUCAAACUUCCAGGUGGUCCGCCUACACCAACAGUCCGCCGCAAUUUCUCACCUUAAAGCUUCGCCGUCCCGCCAUUGUGAAAAAAAUCAAGUUUGGCAAGUUCGAGAAGUCGCAUGUGUGUAAUAUCAAGAAGUUCCGCGUUUACGGGGGCUUGGAGGAUGAGCACAUGGUUUUGUUGCUUGAAGGUGGUCUGAAAAACGACAACGUACCGGAAGUAUUCAACCUGCGCUGCCUCACCGAAGACGGCGCGGAGAACCUGCCAAUACUGUACCUCAAGAUCGUGCCAUUGCUCUCCUGGGGUCCGUCCUUCAACUUCAGCAUCUGGUACGUCGAGCUGCACGGCCAGGACGACCCGAUGUACACCAGUGCCCGCAUGAAGAGCUACAACUCGCUGCGCGAGGUGGAAAUCAUCAAGUUGUGCCUUAAGCACUUCCGCCAGCAGGGCUACAUGAGUGCCUUCGGGGCGCUCCAGGAGCAGACGAAUGUCCAACUGGAGCACCCGCUGAUCAGCGAACUGCACAAGUGUCUGGUUUUGCAGGGAGACUUUGAGAAGGCUGAAAGGUUUAUAGUCGAGUGCAUUGACGAGGGUCUGAUGGAUGAGUAUCUCUACAAGCAGGACUACAAGCACAGCUGGCACAUGAAGCACACCGAGAGCGACAUGAAGCCUGGCAAUCGCGGCGGUCAUCAGCUGGUGGUGGAUGCCAAAAAGCGACUGAUAUAUCUCUACGGCGGCUGGGAUGGUUAUCAGGAUUUGAGUGACCUUUGGGUAUUCAACAUCGAUGAUGAUCAAUGGUCACUGCUGUGCGAGAGGUCAGAGCUUUCCAAUGGACCCACACCGCGAUCCUGCCACAAAAUGGUCUUUGAUCCAAUCAGCGAAAAUGUGUUCAUGCUUGGUCGUUACCUGGACAACUCGAUACGAACCUCGGACUAUAUCAAGAGUGACUUUUACCUGUACGAUACGAGAGCUGGCAAUUGGAUGCAGAUAUGCGAUGACACCAGCCAAGUGGGUGGCCCCCAGCUGGUUUACGAUCACCAGAUGUGCAUGGAUGCCGAUAAGCGUACCAUUUACGUUUUUGGAGGCAAAAUACUAACGCCUCGCAGUGUCAACGCCACGGGAGCGAUAGAGCCCGAGUAUUCGGGGCUGUUUUCGUAUCACAUAGCAACGAACACCUGGGCACAGAUACUUGUGGAUUGCCACCACGCCAGCGCAUCGAUGGCAGAUGUAUUGUCCAUUAAGUCCAGGAUCACACAUUGCAUGGUUUUUCAUAAUAAACAUCGAAAACUCUAUAUUUAUGGCGGACAACGAGGCAAGGAGGAUCUGGACGAGUUCCUCAGCUACGACGUGGACACCCAGGCUAUAUCCGUGCUCAACAAAGAGCAACCUCAUCAUGGAACCACCGCUGGCAACGAAGCCAAAUUUGAACCCUCAUCUGGGUAUACUUUGCGAGCCACCAUCGAUUGUGAACGCGAUGAGAUAUAUAUAUUUUCUAGCUUGAGUAAGGUUAAGGAUCGUCGUGAUAUACAACACGUUGAUGCAUCGAACUCCUUUUGGGUCUACUCCCUGCGCAAUCACAAGUGGUCUAGGAUAUAUUACUGCCGCCACAGUGGUCAGGAUGCGAACUCCAUUAGCAGGAUGAACAUUUUGGGUGCCAGCAAGGGGGACGGAGCACUAGAGCCCUGUCCACGCUAUGCCCACCAGUUGGUGUACGAUGAUCUGGCCAAUACUCAUUAUUUGUUUGGGGGAAAUCCUGGAAUCUGCCAGCAACAGCAACUAAGACUUGAUGAUUUUUGGCUACUGCGCUUAGAAAAACCAAAACGAGAGGAGAUCCUGAAGCACUGUCGGUUUUUGGUGCGCAAAAUGCGCUAUGAGGAGAUGACGCGCCAGGAUCCCUUGAAGGCGAUGCAGUAUUUGCGUCAUCAUAUAGCCGCUGUGAUUGAUCAUAACGAUGCGGAGCAAUUGAAUAACUUCCACAAACUGGCUUCUCUGCUCUUUAAAAACCAUGACGGUAGCCUUGAAAGAGAGUGUACCACACCAGCACUAUGCGCUGAUGGUGAAGAUCUCGAAACAGAUCCCGAUGUGUCGGCCAAAAUAAGAGACGAAGUGGUUGAUGGCCCCGCCACCGAGAAUCUUUCGCUGGAGUCGAACGAAAGCCUGAUCUCGUCCGGCAUCUCGGAGACCGCCUCCAGUCCCAGCUCCUCAUCGUGCACCAAAAGAGCACGCACCGAGUGCACUCCCGAGCUGAAGAAUAAACGAGCUUUCUUGUUUAACAAACUGGUACAACUGAUGCCAGCGAGCAUGGUCCAACCAGAACGCAACCUCAGCGACUUUGUGGUCAUGUGAACGCCCAAGUGCCAAAACGAUUUAAUAGAGCCCCGAUCCAAGAUUAUAUUUAGCUGAUUAAGUGCGUGAGAGUUUCGUUUUUAACUGUUGAUCAAUGUGAUGUUUAGUUCGCUUGUUCGCCCAUAUUAGGUUCUAUGGCAAAUGCAAAGCAUGACAGAAAUAUGAAUUCAUUGUGAUAGUUAAUUUGUACUGAAGCCCCGGCUGCAGGCAGGGUGAUUUUUGGAGUUAUUGCGCUAAGACAAAAUAGGUACAGUUUGUGAAACGUGUUAAUUUUAAUCGUUUGUAUAUGUAAAUCAUAAGUUUGAAAUAAAUAACAGUUUUGUAACGUCGAA